AUGGAGUUGCGGCACCGCAGCUCAGCACUCCUGCUGCGUGAUGAGUGGGAUGCGACCCACAACGCCUGGUACUUUGUCGACACCCGACAGAGCGCCCCCGUCCCCACCUGGACCGACCCCCGCCACUCGGCCCCAGCAGGAGCAGGGGAUCGCGGGCUGAUGGGCUCGCUGGGCUCGAUGCUCUCGGGCAAGCCGGCCGGCCAGGCGCCCAUGGGCUCGCACCCGGCGCCUCCCCACGGCGCAUACAACAACACGGCCCCGGGCUACCCCGGCGCCUACACCCCGCAAGCCCCUCCGAUGCACCACUACAACGGCGGGCCCGGCGAGGCAAGCGCAUACUACAACCAGCCCGCCCCGCCAGCCCCUUACUCAUCCAGCGCACCGCCCAAUGCGGCCAAGCCGGCCGGCGGGCUCGGCGGGCUGUUGGCCAAGAUCCCCGGCGGCGGCGGAGGCGGGGGCGGUAGUGGGGGAGGCGGGGCGGGGGCGAUGCUGGCCAAGCUGCCCGGGAUGCUCGGCGGGUCCGGGUCCGGGUCGGGCGGAGGAGGAGGCGGAGGCAAGAAGACGAACCCGCUGCUCGCCGGCGCGGGCGGCGCGGCGGCCGCGGCGAUCGCUGGCAAGCUUCUUGGCGGCGGACACAAGCACGGCGGCGGAGGACACCACGGCGGCGGACUGAUGUCGCUGACACACCCCGACCGUGCCCGGCGCUUCCAGCAGCUCCACCCCCACCCCGCCAUCGCACUCGCCCCGCCGCCCCUGCUCGUCUCGCCCACCUAUCUCCGUCUGCUCAUCUCCGCCGCCCUCCACGCCCUCCUCCCCCCCGCCGACUUCCACGCCGACGCCGAGCGCAUCCUCCUCCGCGAGCUCCUCCUCAACGCACUCCUCCGCCCCCUCUUCGACACCCUCAGCCAGCCCGCACGCCUCCACCGCCUCCUCCUCCGCUGCCUCCCGCCAACACAGCCGCCCCCACAGCCGCCCCAGCACAGCCCCCGACGCGCCCUCCCCGCCCUCCUCGCCGCCCUCAUCCGCAUCCACACCCACCCCCCGCCCAUCCCCGUCCCCGACAGCCCCAUCCUCUUCGACCCCCUCCUCGACCUGCUCUACACAAUCCUCGGCCGGCCCCCGCACCUCGUCCAGCUCUUCUGGCUCGCCCGCAUCGUCUGCCGCCUCUUCCACCGUCUCCUGGCUAAGAUCGCGGCCCAGGUGAUCUACGACGCCUUGCUCUCCCCCGCCGCGGUGGAACGGGGCCUGGAAGCGCUCCUGGCCCUGCUCCGAUCGCUCGACCAGCCCACGCCCGAGCCGCCCGCCGCGCGCGCGCAAGCCAAGGAAGAGGAGGCGGACGAGGCGACGAGCGCGGCGGCGCUCGAAGACGCCCUGCUCGCCCGCCUCGCCUCGCCCCUCCUCGCCGCCCUCCUCCUCCCCCCCGCCGCCCUCCACGCCGACCCCGCCGCUCGCGACGCCCGCAAACGCACCUUCAUCCGGGCCACCCUCCUCCCCACCCUCGACUGUCCACCCGCCAACGCCGCCCUGCUCCUCCAGCUCAUCGACCUCGCCCUCGCCAGCAUCCUCCCCCAGCUGCUCAUCCACAACACCCCUCCCCCCUGA